CUCAGGCACAGGUAAAGUGUCUCUCCGCUUCCUCUGUGAUUGCAGUGCGACAGCAGGCUCUUCAGGAAGCAGCAGCAGCAGCAGCAGCAGCGGCAGCAAUAGGAGAGCUUGCAGCAGACCUGGAGCUAUUCAAAUGUGACCCCUGGAGCACCUGGCUAAUCUCUCUCUCUCGAUCUCUCUGCCGUCGUUCCCGCCGUGCCCUCGAACCCGUGCCAGUCUGGGCGGAUGCGGCCGCCACCGGGACCCACAUCCAGCUCCGCACGGAGUCCUACACUCGACGGCCAAAAAAGACCCGCAGUGCAGCUGCCCAUCCCAGCGUCGCUAAAAAUGUCAGCCCACCUGAGCCAAUCAGAGGGCAGGACGCAGCCCGUUCCAGCCAAUCCGCACCAGCCCAGCCCGUCCGCGUUUCCCCCGGCCCCGCCCGCCGCCGUGGCUGACGCCGCGGGACGCGCCGCGCUGGACAGGACGGGCGCGGGGGAGGGGGAGGGGGAGGGGGACACCCUGUGCAUCCGGGUGCUGGAGGACUCUCCGGACGCGGGCGUGUUCGUGGUGCGCGUCCAGUGCCAGGACCCCCUGCUGCUGGCCUACUGGCAGCGCAAGGCCUUCUUCUACAACGGGCAGGUGCAGCAGACGGACGCGCGGCUGCGGGAGGACGGGGCGGGGCUGGCCUUCGUGCUGCACGCCCUGCACCGCUCCCAGCGCCUGGCCAACUCGCACUACUGGACCCCCUUCGUGGUGGGCCUGUGCCUGGACGCCCUGCUCUUCCGCUACCGCCUGCCGCCCAGCCUGCAGUGGAACGGCGACAUCCAGCACGUCAUGCAGGAGAACACGCUGGUGCUCACUCGCUGAGAGGGGGGGGGCGUGGCCUGU